AAAACUCAUGGUCUUGUGUUUCAAAGCUGAUAGGAUGUUGUUUUGUAACUGUUUUUUAGGUGCUGGCCAUAGAAAAUGUGUUAAGAAACACUUCCUGCUGUUUGUAACAGCGGUUUUCAGGAUUGUUUUGUUCCGAUUACAGAAUCCAUCAGAGCUGGCAGGUCCUGGCCAGCCUUGGACCUGCUUGAACAUGGGCAAAGCCAGCCAGAAGCUCCUAAUUGGAGAACCUGGUCUUUAGUCCUGAUUAGCUUGAUGUAUCUUUAUUACUUUUAGCUUGUUGCCGUUGCAGUACUGAAAGUGGAGCUGAAUAUAGCAGCCUGUCGUAACUUAAUUAUUCAAAAUCAACUUAAAGCUGGCAGUUAUUGAAGCGUGUCGUUGUUACAGGAAGGCAGUUUUGAAUACAGCUGUGAUGCACAUCUGUUUGAUGAAGAAAGCGUCUCUUUUUUGCCACCACUUUGCAAAAUUAGCUGGAUUGAAAAGUAAGAAAAAAUAUGACAGAAAAAGCAAGUGCAGAUGAUUUUCAAGUUCAGGAUUUUGUCAAGAAGAAGAAGAAGAAGAGAAAACACAAAGGAUACCAUAAGAAACAUGAAGAUUAUGAAAGAGAAAGUGUACAAAAUGCAGAGGUUAGCCAGGCUUCUCCAGUGAUAUUUGAAGAUCAAGCAGCACAGAAUGGUGGAAGCCGUAAAAAGAAGAAAACAAAGAAUCACGAGGAGGAAAAGGAACAGUCUUUGUUAGAUAAUUGGUGUGUAACACUGGAACAUGAAACUGGUGAUGAUACUGGUGUGGAUGCUUUCCAAAAGAAAAAGAAAAAAAAGCGGAAAUACAAUGAGAGUGCAGAUGAUCAAACCGAUGUAACUUAUGUCUCAGUAAAUCAGCAGAACUCUGGUAGUUGUCAGGAGGGUGAUGCUGAUUAUGUUUUUUUAAAACAACCUGCUAAGAAGAAAAAAAAAGAAAAAUUGCCUGAAGAGGAUGAGGUAUGUGAGCCGCCUGUCUUAGAAACAGAUGACAAAAAUGACAAUAAAAGGUUGAAAAAGAAGAAGAAGAAAAGACGUAGUUGUACCCAAGAAAUGCAAGAAGACACGGACGUAACCGUUGACCAGUCGCCGUUGUCAUCUCCAGAGAGGAACAGGCAAAGGGAAGAAGACACAGCCUCGCCAUUACCUCCAGAAGAGGAUGAGGUGGCAACACCCCAGACGUGCCCUGAUGAUGGGGACUGUGAUAUUUCUGCCAUGAGUGAAGAUUCUGCGGAUGAACAUGCUAAUUCUUCUAAGACAGCCAAUCGACCUCAAAAAACUCCAGUGCGCACUAGAAAGACAAUAAAAAGCAGUGUUUAUGUCAGGGAAGAAACCUCUUCCGAAUCUGAAGAAAUGACACCAGAACCCUCGGCAUCGAAUACAAAGGACCAGAACAGUUCUUUUGCUGGAAUGGCAGCCUCCGAUGAGCUUAAUCUGGAUGACGAAGACUACCUGGACGCUGUCACAGGUUUAGUUGUGGAUUUGGAGACCGCGAAACAAGAAUUGGAAGAGUUUAUUCCUCAUGUGAGGACCAUGUCAGACAGUUCAGUCAGAAAGAUGGCUGGAAGAGACUUAACGAGGUUUAAACAGUUUAAAAAACAAGGUAUUGCUGUCAAGUUUGGCAGAUUUUCGCAGAAAGAAAAUGAUCAAGUCCGUAAAAAUGUUGAAGAGUUCUUAUCAAUUACCGCAAUAGACAGUGCUGAAAAACUCCUGUUCACCUCGAGGUAUCCAGAAGAAAAAGAAACUAUCAGUCGCCUGAAAGCAGAAUAUCGUUUUUGUGAAAAACUUUCUGAGGGCAUACCGCGACCCUGGAGGCUGAUAUAUUAUCGAGCAAGGAAAAUGUUCGACCCACAUAAUUAUAAGGGGAGGUAUACUGAGGAAGAAAAAGAAAAAUUAAAGAGGUAUCAUGCUCUGCAUGGCAAUGAUUGGAAGAAGAUUUCCGAGAUGAUGUCCCGUUCUAACCUCUCAGUUGCCAUGAAAUACUCCGAAAUCAAGUCAGCUAUUAAUUAUGGUCCUUGGUCAAAGGAAGAGACCCAGAAGUUAAUGCAUGCUGUGGAGGAGGUGUUUAGGAAAAGAAUGGAAGUGGAUGAAAAUUCUCUUUCAUCAUCGGAAAAGUCACAUCGAGAUCUCUCGAUUGACCGAGAGAAACUGUACCAGAAAUUACCAUGGACUGAGAUUGAAGCUAAAGUGGGAACUCGAUAUUGGAGACAAUGUAAACAGAAAUGGACUACGAUUUUGACAAACAAGAUGACCAAAGGGCAACAGCUCUAUAUGGGCGUCAAAGGAUUACAGGCCAAGAUCAAUCUUAUUAAAAGAUUAUAUGAAAUGAAAGUGGAAGAUCCUAAUGAAGUAAACUGGGAAGAACUCAGUAAUACUAUUGGAGAUGUCCCUAGAGGCUAUGUUCAAGCAAAAUUUUAUAAGCUGAAAGUCACCUCUGUCCCUUUUUGGCAAAAAAAGACUUUUUCUGAAAUUGUUGAUUAUCUUUUUGAAGAGAAACUUCCAGAACUUGAAGAAAAGUUAGCAAAAAAGAAGAUGAAACACCUUAGUUCUGACAAUUCAACAGCCACCCAACAGAGGAAGACCUUCCGACUCAGUGACAUUUUUGACACCAGUGAAGAGAGUGAUUAAUUGACUGCCUUAUAAACAAUUCCUACUCUGCAUAAUUAAUUACAAAAUGGAUAUGGUUGAAAGUGGGCGUGGGUCAGCAACUGCAGGUACACAGGCCGUCUGAUGAUGGGAAAAGUGAGGAUAUGCAAGUCUCAUUUCCUCGUUUCAUGCUGAAGAUUGAGAUGAAUACAGUUUUUGUGCCGCCUGUUGUUACUUUAGUUUGGCUUUGGGUUUAGAAGUCUUUUUUUAACCAUCCAAGUUGCUUUCUGACUAUCUCAAAAAUAGCACUUUUCCAUUGUUUUGUUUUCUAAGGAGCUUGAAGCAGCUCUUUAUCCUCUGUGCUUGAACUUGGGUUUAAGAACUUUAAUGAUUUUUUUUUUUAAAUAAAAAAAAAUAGACUCAUGGAAUUGGGGAAAUAGUUUCAAUUUACUUUUAAAUAUCUGCAGUAAAUCUUAAGACAUCUGUAUUGAUGGAAACAGCACAACUGAAUUUUUUUUAACAGCUAUUUUGUUCUUAAAUGCAACUGAUUUUUAUUUUUUAUGUGGACUUGUAUUUUAUCAGCCAUUCUAGAGAAAAUGUAUUCUUGUCUUCUACAAUUACUGGAUUGUAGUGUCAUUUCAUUUUGUAGAGGUUUAACAAGGCCAAAUGCCGGGUCCUGCACUUGGGGCACAACAACCCUAUGCAGCGCUACAUACUGGGGGAAGAAUGGCUGGAGAGCUGCACGGAAGAGAAGGACCUGGGGGUGCUGGUUGACAGCCGACUGAAUAUGAGCCAGCAGUGUGCCCAGGUGGCCAAGAAGGCCAACGGCAUCUUGGCUUGUAUCAGAAAUGGGGUCACCAGCAGGUCCAGGGAGGUUAUUCUCCCUCUGUACUCAGCACUGGUGAGACCGCACCUUGAAUACUGUGUUCAGUUCUGGGCCCCUCACCACAAGAAGGAUGUUGAGACUCUGGAGCGUGUCCAGAGAAGAGCAACAAAGCUGGUGAGGGGGCUGGAGAACAAGUCUUACAGGGAGCGGCUGAGAGAGCUGGGGUUGUUUAGCCUGGAGAAGAGGAGGCUGAGGGGAGACCUUAUUACUCUCUACAACUACCUGAAAGGAGGUUGUGGAGAGGAGGGAGCUGGGCUCUUCUCCCAAGUGACAGAGGACAGGACAAGAGGGAAUGGCCUGAAGCUCCGUCAGGGGAGGUUCAGGUUGGAUAUCAGAAAAAAAUUCUUCACAGAAAGAGUCAUCGGGCACUGGAACAGCUGCCCAGGGAGGGGGUCGAGUCACCUUCCCUGGAGGUGUUUAAGGAACGGGUGGAUGAAGUGCUUAGGGACAUGGUUUAGGGAGUGUUAGGAAUGGUUGGACUCGAUGAUCCAAUGGCUCCUUUCCAACCUUGUGAUUCUGUGAUUCAUGCUAACCAGACCAAUUAGUUUAAAUGUUUUUGUCAGUAUUUGGAAUACAGAGACAAAAUGGACACUGUUUAAAUGUACAUACAUAGAUAUAUUUUUAUUGUGCCAAGAAGAGUUUCUACAUUUUAAUAAGAAAGUUGAGGGCUAAGAUGGAGGUUGUACUGAUGUCAUAUAUUUUUAACUAUCUGCCUAGAGUGAAUAUUUGUAAAUUGACCAAAUAAAAUGUAAAAAAAACCCUAAACAACCUGCAAUCCUACUGUGUGUGUAAAGUACUCAGAUGGCUUGCUUGUAUUUCCUGUAUGCUGCAUUAGAAAGUAAUGCAAGACGUGGUAUCUGACAGACUGGUUUUUGGUGGUCAUUGUCAUAAGUGAGAAUUUCCUUCUUUAGUUUUAUUAAUUGUCAUUGAAAAUGCCAAACUUGGAACAGACCGAAAUAAAGA